UUGCCUGUAGAGCGAGCCAGCAGCUAGCCCAGCUCAUUCUCGCUCUGAGCCCGAGCCCGCGCCCGCGCCUGAUCCCUGACGACGGUCCCUGGCUUCCUAAGCUCUGCUAACCUCAACCGCCACCCGGACCACCGCCGGCGUCGCUACCACCACCACCGGUUUCCUCACAAAUUGACGUUACUUCUGUGCAUUUCCUACUUCGGUGUGUGUAAAUUAGUAAUUGCAUAAGCAGGAGGACAAAUGUCGGAUGCACUGUUAAGUUUAGUUGCUUGGAUAAGAUUUUAGUCGCCAACCAUUCGUUUUACAUGAAUAGAUGUGAGACAUAGAUGCCUGAGUGAGAGAAUAUGCCAAUGUCCUGAUACAUUCACUCAGGUCAAUGGAUGAUGAAGUUGUUGAAGUUGUCCAUGUAGACCGAGAGAAGAGGCAAAAAAAUGGUGAAUCGCACACUCAUAUUAACCAUGAUAGAAAGAAAAAUCUUCCGGGGAAUUCUGCUGAAAACGAGAGAAGCUGUCAGGUUGAAAAUGGAAUUGAGAAGCCGUAUGUGGGUAUGGAGUUUGAAUCUGAAGAAGCUGCCAAGAGCUUUUAUGAUGCAUAUGCAAGGCAUGUGGGUUUUAGCACACAUGUUGGGCAGUACAGCCGUUCGAAGCCAGAUGGACCAAUUGUUAGGUGGGAUUUUGCUUGUUGCAGAGAAGUUUUUAAAAGAAAAAAUGUUGAAACCUGUAACGCUAUGCUUCGGAUAGAAAAAAAAAAUUCAGAUAGUUGGAUUGUGACUAAAUUUGUGGAGGAUCACAACCAUUCUACAGUGAAUCCUGGAAAGGUGCAUUAUCUCAGACCUCGAAGGCAUUUUGCUGGUGCUACUACGAGUGCAGCAGAGACACUUAGUAGCCAGAAUGACCUCAUGAUCUCCACUAAUGGAAAUAACGUAUAUUAUGAACUUACUCACCGUGCAAGUUGUGUCUCUCCAGUAGAAAUAAGUGUUCCAGUGAGAAAUCUUAGCCCUCUUAUGCCCAUAAAUUUUGUUCAACCCUGUGGGCAAAAAAGGACUCUGGGAAGAGAUGCUCAUAAUCUCCUCAACUAUUUCAAAAAGAUGCAGGCUGAGAAUCCUGGCUUCUACUAUGCUAUACAGCUUGAUGAUGACAAUUGUAUGACUAACAUUUUCUGGGCUGAUGCAAGAUCAAGGACAGCAUACAGUCACUUUGGUGAUGCAGUUAUAUUUGAUACCAUGUAUAGACCUAAUCAGUUUCAGGUUCCAUUUGCUCCUUUUACUGGGGUCAAUCAUCAUGGUCAAAUGGUGUUAUUUGGUUGUGCUUUAAUUUUGGAUGAGUCUGAGUCUUCAUUCGCAUGGGUUUUCAGGACAUGGUUAUCUGCAAUGAAUAAUCAUCCUCCUGUUUCAAUGACAACUGACCAAGAUAGAGCCAUCAAGGCAGCAGUUCAUCAGGUAUUACCAGAAACUCGCCACUGCAUUUGUAAGUGGCAUAUCUUAAGAGAGGGCCAGGAAAGGUUGGCUCAUGUGUAUUUAGCUCAUCCUUCCUUUUAUGGAGAACUUUAUAGCUGCAUCAAUUUUUCUGAGACAAUUGAGGAUUUUGAGUCUUCAUGGAGCUCCCUCCUUGAUAAAUACAAUCUCUGGAAAAAUGAGUGGCUUAAAGCUGUAUAUAAUGCUCGCCAGCAGUGGGCCCCAGUUUAUUUUCGGGAUUGUUUUUUUGCUGCAUUUUCAGCAAACCAUGGGAUAAGCUCCUUUUUUGAUGGGUAUGUGAAUCAACAGACCAACCUUCCAACGUUCUUCAAGCAGUAUGAAAGGGCUUUAGAAAAUUCCCUGGAAAGGGAAAUAGAAGCAGAUUUUGAUACGCUUUGCUCCACACCUGAACUGAAGACACCAUCACCAAUGGAACAACAAGCAGCAAGCCUGUAUACAAAAAAGAUUUUUGCGAAGUUCCAGGAAGAACUUGUUGAAACUUUUGUUUAUACUGCCAAUAAAAUAGAUGGUGAUGGUGUGAUAAGCAAGUUUAGGGUUGCAAAAUAUGAGCAUGAUGACAAAGCAUAUAUUGUCACAUUGGAUAUUUCUGAUGUGAAAGCAGAUUGUAGCUGUCAGAUGUUUGAGUACUCAGGCAUUGUCUGUAGACACAUUUUGACUGUUUUUACUGUGACAAAUGUGCUUAAGCUUCCAGCCCGUUAUAUACUGAAGAGAUGGACGAGGACUGCCAGACUUGGAUCUGAUGACAGAGGUGCAGAUACGCAGAGUAUGGAGUCUCUAACGUCUCGUUUCAACAAUCUAUGUAGGGAAGCACUGAAGUAUGCAGAGGAAGGGGCAAUUUCUUCAGAGACCUAUUGUACUGCAUUGGGUGCAUUAAGGGAAGGUGCAAGAAAGAUUGCUGUGGUGAAGAAGAAUGUUGCCAAAGUUAGACCUCCUUCAUCUCAAGGGAGUGGGCAUUUUCAGGAUGAGAUUAAUAAGAAGACACCUUUACCAACUUCUGAUGCGUGUCCACCUCUACGGCCAUGGUCAGAUAUGUUGCCACAUUGCUUGAACCUGAAUGAUGUUGGUGUCCCUCUUGCUGAUUCGAAUCAACCAUCCACGGGUCCUGUGACUAUUAACCGUGAAGGAAGCCCUUCUGAUAGUCCUGUUGUUCUCACUUGUUUUAAGUCUAUGACAUGGGUUAUAGAAAACACAGAUCCGGCCAAUAAAGUAGCUGUCAUUAAUCUGAAGCUGCAAGAUUAUGGUAAGACUCCUUCAGGAGAAACAGAUGUGCAGUUUAGACUUACAAAGGUCACACUGGAACCAAUGUUGAAAUCCAUGACAUAUAUUAGUCAACAGCUUUCUGCUCCAGCUAAUAGGGUUGCUGUCAUCAAUUUGAAGCUCCAGGAUACCAUGACAACUACUGGAGAAACAGAAGUGAAAUUUCAAGUCUCAAAAGACACGUUAAAUUCCAUGUUGCGAUCAAUGGCUUACAUCCGUGAGCAACUUUGAGUUUGUGCAGAAGACCUUUGAGUGAUUGUUGAUUAUCUACCACAAGCAAAGUGACGAGGUGAAAGAGCUUCUGCUGCGCACGAAGACGAAAAGAUAUGCAUUGUCCUAAUGCAGUUGCUCAUUUUGCUGUAAUCGCUCGUGUGCUUUCAUCCGGUUCAAUCCCUGCUGUUUAUUCUAAUUCUAGUCACAGGUUGUCUAACUCAGUUUCUAGCUGCGUAACCUAUCUUUUGACUGUAAGAAACUUUAUGGAAACAUUUGUAUAUGGAAUUUCUGAAAACCUAGUCCAAGCUUGGUUGCAGAAUAUUUGAGGUUAGCAUUAGAUUGUAGUAUAGGUCUGGUUAUUUGUAGAUAGUGAGGUCAUCCUCCGUGUAGUGUAACUGAUGAAGUUGGUGCAGAUUUAGCCAAAUUUAUGCAAAUUCAGUUUCCUUCAA